CUUACAGUGACCGUGACCCUGGAUUCAUAUUGUGCCUGAGGCCACAGGGCCUCGUCGCCCAUUUGACCUUUUAAGUUCAUGAUGUUUAUGCCCCAGGCACUCAAUGGAGCACUGCUGCACAGACGGACCGAAAACUAACCAAACCCGGUUAGUAGUGUUGACUGGCUACCCCGAUCCCCUUGUCACACCUGAGGCAUUCCUCAAGUGGUUUUUUCUGCCCGGCCAAUCACCCCACCAUAUUGUUACAGCAGAAAAAGCCACAAAAAACCUACGAAAAGAAAACCUAAUCCUGUUCGGAUCUUGUAUAAAACACUCACUUGUUUUAGAAUCCAACCAAGAGCUAUAUCGCCUUAACUUGCUUUCAUUUCCUUUUCUUCAAUCUCUUCCCUUUUCUUUUUCAAGACAAUGUCCUCUAAUCCAGCGGAGGCUGCCCCUCCCACCUCUGCUACGAAUGCCGUCCUAGUUGCUUCGGAGCCCGUUCCUGAGGGGACUCAUCAGGUUCAGGGUGUGGACUUUGAGCAGUUUCAAGGUCGCGAUAUUACCGUCGCCGAGAUGGUGGAUAAUAUGAAAUACAUGGGCUUCCAAGGUACCGCAGUCGCCGAGGCUACACGCAUUAUGAACGAUAUGCGAGCCUAUCGUCAUCCGGAAUCGGGAGAGAAAACGACCAUCUUUCUUGGAUACACUUCAAAUCUAAUCUCAUCGGGCCUCCGGGACACCAUUCGCUACCUCGUUCGCCAUCGUCACGUUUCUGCAAUUGUCACCACGGCUGGUGGAGUAGAGGAGGAUUUGAUCAAGUGUUUGGCCCCUACGUAUAUGGGGUCCUUUACAGCUCCUGGCGCUGGGCUUCGUGCGAAAGGAUUAAACCGCAUUGGGAAUCUACUCGUCCCGAAUAGCAAUUACUGUGCCUUUGAGGAUUGGUUGAUUCCCAUUUUGGAUAAAAUGUUGGAGGAGCAAGAGGCUGCCAAAAAAAAGGCACAGCAGACCGGUGAUGAGGAAGAUGAGCUCCACUGGACGCCCAGCCGUAUCAUCGAACGGUUAGGCCGCGAGAUCAACCAUGAGGACUCCGUGCUUUACUGGGCUGCGCGCAACAACAUCCCCAUCUUUUGCCCCGCUCUAACCGAUGGCUCCCUGGGAGACAUGCUGUAUUUCCACACUUUCCGAUCCUCUCCACAACGACUGCGGGUGGAUAUCGUGGAUGAUGUUCGUCGCAUUAACACGAUGGCUGUCCGGGCCGCCCGCGCAGGGAUAAUUAUCCUCGGCGGUGGAGUGGUAAAGCACCAUAUUGCCAACGCGUGCCUCAUGCGGAAUGGGGCAGAGCAUGCGGUCUAUGUAAAUACGGCCCAGGAGUUCGAUGGAAGCGAUGCUGGAGCUCGUCCGGACGAGGCUGUCAGCUGGGGAAAGAUCAAAGCGGACGCCAAGGCAGUCAAGGUGUACGCGGAGGCCACCGUAGUCUUCCCAAUGAUGGUUGCAGCCUCAUUUGCCCGGGCCGACCAGUCUCCUGCAAAGUCAGCUGACCAGGCUCAGAACUAGGGAAAGAGUCAUUUUUUUUACGGUGGCUGGCGGGGUAAGCUACGGACACAGGACCGUGCGAUGAUUAGACGAGUAUCACGCCAGAAGCCCGCUCGGAGACGGAUCCUGAUCCUCUAACUCUAUGCAAUGUCUCGAGGUGUGUUGAGAAGUCCCUUGCGGGUACACUGCCUGCUUCUCGAAUCAGACACUCCAUUCGGGCUCCAGAAGUGGCGGGCACACAACCCCACUAGAU